AUGGGGGAGUAUUUGUUCAAUACACCCCGUCUUUCGCUGCGCUGGCAGAAACUUCGCGGUUUUUUCCCCUCUCUGGAGAGGAGGCGGGGGGCUGUCGUAGAUCACGCCCCUGCGUCUCUGGAGGCGGGUGUGCUGUCUGUCGCCGUGCGCAUCCGCUUCUUCCCCUCCUCUCCCCGCAGUGAAGUAGCGAUAGCUCGGUGGCACCCACGCAUGCGCGCCCGGGGGAGCGGCGCAGGCGCCGUAUACACAAGCGCAGAGGCGGCGAAGCGCUCCCAGGGGACGCUGCAGCCGAUCCCUGCCUUCGAGCUGUACAAGAGUGCGCGGGAGGAGGAACUGCUCUGCUACCGCGGCGUCUGUCGCGUGUUGUGCAUGCGAAGCGGAGGAAGCUUGACGAAGCAGCAAACGCGUGUCCUAGAAGACUUGCGGGAGGAGCUAUGCAUUCCCUCCCAGCGGGCCGAGGCGGAGAUGCUAGCGGCACUGGAGGAUGUGUUGGUCUCAAGCGUCGCGGCCUCUGGUGUAUUAAAGCGGCGCGAGGACUUUUUCGACGGCGUGUCGGAUGUGCCACUGGAGGCUCUUCAGGAUGGGGAGCGGGCGCAGGACGAUCACGCCUCGCUGUACGCUCCCCCAGCAAAAGUGCCACGAACAGAAAAUGCGAUAGCUGGUACCGCAGCGACAACGGCAACGAGCUCGUGGCGCCGCGGGCCAGCAACGAAAAACUCUCACACCUCGCUUCUCAAAACCAUAGAUAAAAUCGGUCAUGAAGUGACUACGUUAAGCGCUAAGUUUCUUUCUGCUGUUUCAGUGGCUGAUCAGGAGGCGUUACGGCGAGAGUUGCACGCAAGACGGGAGCGCCUAGUGCUGCUACUGAGGGAAGCCGAGGGCAAUGCGGUCGAUGCGUCGGGAAGCUCCAGCGCACUUCCCUCGGAGCAUGGCUUUUGA